AUGUUAAGCGUAUCCUUGCUUCUUUUCAAGAAACGAUUGGGUAUUGGUGUAUACUCUAACGCUUGUGGUUCUGCCCCCAUCUGUGAGUUUCUCUGUCAGUGUACCUCCAUCUGUGAGUUUCUCUGUCAGUGUACCUCCAUCUGUGAGUUUCUCUGUCAGUGUACCUCCAUCUGUGAGUUUCUCUGUCAGUGUACCUCCAUCUGUGAGUUUCUCUGUCAGUGUACCUCCAUCUGUGAGUUUCUCUGUCAGUGUACCUCCAUCUGUGAGUUUCUCUGUCAGUGUACCUCCAUCUGUGAGUUUCUCUGUCAGUGUACCUCCAUCUGUGAGUUUCUCUGUCAGUGUACCUCCAUCUGUGAGUUUCUCUGUCAGUGUACCUCCAUCUGUGAGUUUCUCUGUCAGUGUACCUCCAUCUGUGAGUUUCUCUGUCAGUGUACCUCCAUCUGUGAGUUUCUCUGUCAGUGUACCUCCAUCUGUAAGUUUCUCUGUCAGUGUACCUCCAUCUGUGAGUUUCUCUGUCAGUGUACCUCCAUCUGUGAGUUUCUCUGUCAGUAUACCUGCAUCUGUGAGUUUCUCUGUCAGUAUACCUCCAUCUGUAAGUUUCUCUGUCAGUGUACCUCCAUCUGUGAGUCUGUCUGCCAUUAUAUCAAUGUGUUUAAGUCUGCGUGUGAAUAUACCAAUCCCUAA